AUGCUUCGUAGUUUCGGGGUCUCACCGUCUCAUGGUCCUUCGCGAAUAUUAUGUAUCCGUUGUCGGCCUGUUGAGGACACGAACUUGCAAAGCAAAUCGAAUCACAAUCUUAACAAUGUUAUUGGGGUAGGCUUCACUCUCGACAGCCAUGGAUUUCAGCUCUAUCGCCACACUAGCCAAUUAGUGGACUUUACAAGUGAUCAACGAAUAAAAGACGUUUAUUACCCCGAGAUCGAAAAGCUUCUAUCGCUAGUCACCGGUGCCUCACGCUUGCACAUUUUCGACCACACCAUUCGGAGACCGAAUCCCUCAGCCGCGCACUCUGAUGACGAACGCCGACCAGUGAAAAGAGCUCACAUCGACCAGUCAGAGUGGGGGGCUAUGAACCAAGUCAAACGUCACUUAGGCGAAGAAGCGUCUCGACUAUUGCAAUCACGAUUUCAGGUUAUCAACGUUUGGCGCCCAAUCAAGACGAUCUACAAAGAUCCUCUCGCGGUUUGCGACUCUCAUUCGGUGUUGGACACAGACAUCUUGCCAGUCAAGCUCAUUUACCCGGACUGGGUAGGCGAACCAUGUACAAUUCUUCCCAACAGCAGGCAUCGCUGGUACUAUAAAAGCUUUCAAACACCAGAAGAGGUGAUGCUUAUCAAGUGUUAUGACUGGAAGGCGGAUGGGCGCGCUCGCAGGGUUCCGCACGCCGCAUUUACGGAUGCGGGAAUGGUUGACAAAGACCCAAGACAGAGUAUCGAGGUCAGAGUGCUUGUUUUCCAUGAGGAAGACGUGAGUCAAGUCUAA